AUGGAUAUGAAGGUGCCUGGGCUGGCCUUGCUGAACUUCUUUCACACUGAAGAAAAGCUGCACGUGGGAGAAGAAGGGAGACGCGUCCGGCGAAAUAAAAGGAGUAAAGGCAGCGAGGGGCCAGAGGGUCCAAGUUCAGUUAAAAACAAGAAAAAGGUUCCUGGCAUCCCGGGGAUUCCAGGCACAACUGUGAUGGGACCACCUGGCCCUCCUGGCCCCCCAGGCCCUCAGGGACCUCCUGGGCUGCAGGGCCCCUCAGGUGCCACAGACAAGGGCGGCUCCAGAGACAUCCAGCCAGCUGUGGUCCACCUUCAAGGCCAGGGCUCUGCAAUCCAAGUGAAGAAUGAUCUUUCAGGUGGAGUCCUCAAUGACUGGUCUCGCAUCACUAUGAACCCCAAGGUGUUUAAGCUGCAUGCCCGCAGCGGGGAGCUGGAGGUACUGGUGGACGGCACAUACUUCAUCUAUAGUCAGGUAGAAGUCUACUACAUAAACUUCACAGAUUUUGCCAGCUAUGAGGUGGUGGUGGAUGAGAAGCCCUUUCUGCAAUGCACUCGGAGUAUUGAGACUGGCAAGACCAACUUCAACACCUGCUACACAGCUGGGGUCUGCCUCCUGAAAGCCAGGCAGAAGAUUGCUGUGAAGAUGGUCCACGCUGACAUCUCCAUCAACAUGAGCAAGCACACGACUUUCUUUGGGGCCAUACGCCUGGGAGAUGCACCAGCAUCCUAGAUGAACUUGGCGUGUCCAAGGACACUUCCAGAACUGCACAGUGCUGCUGUUCAUAAAAGCCUAUCAGUAUUUCAGGGGGUUCUGUAAUCCAGCCAUAAGGAAAACUGAUCCAGAGCUAUUUAUUCCUAUAUGUGAAUGCAGGAAGCACAAUUGUCUUCUGUGACUUGCAUGGAGACUUAGAUCCAAAAAAAAAAGCUAGUGGGGACAAAACAAAAAGUGUUGUGAGGAAGAAAGGCUGUUGUGUCUGCCUUGUCUCAGUAUUUCAAGUAUGACUGCACUGAUAUUCUGCUCUGUGGUCUUCACACGAGGCUUGUUGAGAGUGGUGUGGGUCUCUGCUUUCAUGUUGCACUAGCAAGAGCAUCCCAGGUGGUAGCAGGAG